AUGGCUCGCACGGCUGCCCUACAUUCAGUAACAGCACCGACUGUACACAUCCAUCCAUCCUUCUGCCUGUACAACAAUGAGUGGAGUUAUUUUCUUUGCCUCCAGAUGUUUAUGCCUGUCAUCGGUAAUUUUUUGGGACUCCAACCUGUGUGCUCUGCAACAAUGGCUAUUAGGGCAUCUCCAAAGCUUGCUGCAUGCCGAUUCAUUUGGCGGAAAUCUGGCUACACGCCUAGUUCACGCCUAGUUCAUAUGGUGGAAGGCUUGAUGCUAGCAUUUGUACAUGUGAUUUAG